AUGCUGAAGCCCGGCGACCCCGGCGGAUCCGCGUUCCUGAAGGUGGAUCCCGCCUAUCUGCAGCACUGGCAGCAGCUUUUCCCGCAGAGCAGCCAGCUCAAGAGCAGCGGGGCCCUCGCCCAGCUCCAGCCGCCCGAGAGAGCCGAGCCUCCGGCUGACAGCCUCCGCCAGCGCCCGGCCUCCCUCUCCUCCGCCUCCUCCUCCUCUUCCUCGUCCACUCCGUCUUCCUCCUCCACCUCCUCCUGCGUCGCCGCGGCGGCCGCUUCCCUGGCCGGCCUGACCUCCCUGCCUGUGACCCAGCUCCCGGUCUUCGGACCACUGCAGAGCUCCGAGCCCCCGGCCGGGGGAGCGCCCGCUCCCCUGCAGGGCAAGGACUUGUGCGGGGCCGGCAGCGGCGGCAGCAAAUGCGGCGAGCGCGGUGCCGCUCGGUUCCGGUGCACGGCCGAGGAGCUGGACUACUACCUGUACGGGCAGCAGCGCAUGGAGAUCAUCCCCUUGAAUCAGCACACCAGUGACCCCAACAACCGAUGCGACAUGUGUGCUGAUAACCGCAACGGCGAGUGCCCCAUGCACGGGCCCCUCCACUCCCUGCGCCGUCUGGUGGGCACCAGCAGUGCUGCCGCAGCAGCCCCUCCACCCGAGAUCCCCGAGUGGCUCCGGGACCUGCCCCGGGAAGUGUGUCUGUGCACCAGCACAGUGCCUGGCCUGGCCUACGGCAUUUGUGCGGCGCAGCGGAUCCAGCAGGGCACCUGGAUUGGGCCCUUCCAGGGAGUCCUGCUCUUGCCAGAGAAGGUUCAAGCAGGAGCCAUCAGGAACACUCAGCAUCUCUGGGAAAUAUAUGACCAAGAUGGGACACUGCAGCACUUUAUUGAUGGUGGAGAACCCAGUAAGUCAAGCUGGAUGAGGUAUAUCCGAUGUGCAAGGCACUGCGGGGAACAGAACUUAACAGUGGUUCAGUACAGGUCAAAUAUAUUCUACCGGGCUUGUAUAGAUAUCCCCAGGGGCACCGAGCUGUUGGUGUGGUACAAUGACAGCUACACAUCUUUCUUUGGAAUCCCUCUCCAGUGCAUUGCACAAGAUGAAAAUUUGAAUGUCCCUUCGACUGUAAUGGAGGCCAUGUCCAGACAAGACACCCUACAGCCAUUUAAUAAAAGUAGCAAACUAUCCCCUGCCACUCCACAGCGAUCCAUAGUAUUUCCACAGACUCCGUGUAGCAGAAAUUUUUCUCUCCUGGAUAAGUCUGGGUCCAUCGAGUCAGGAUUUAACCAGAUCAGUGUCAAAAACCAACGCGUUCUUGCAAGCCCAACUUCAACAAGCCAACUAAAUUCUGAGUUCAGUGACUGGCAUCUUUGGAAAUGUGGGCAAUGCUUUAAGACUUUCACCCAGCGGAUCCUCUUACAGAUGCAUGUGUGUACGCAGAACCCUGACAGGCCCUACCAGUGUGGUCACUGCUCCCAGUCCUUCUCCCAACCUUCAGAGCUGAGGAACCACGUAGUUACGCACUCCAGCGACAGGCCUUUCAAGUGUGGCUACUGUGGUCGUGCCUUUGCUGGUGCCACAACACUCAACAAUCACAUCCGGACACACACCGGGGAAAAGCCCUUCAAGUGCGAGAGGUGUGAGAGGAGCUUCACACAAGCCACCCAGCUGAGUCGACACCAGAGGAUGCCCAAUGAGUGCAAGCCAAUAACAGAGAGCACAGAAUCAAUUGAAGUGGAUUAA